GGAAAGUUACCGAUGACCCAUGAAGACUGAUGUUCAACGAAUAAUGAAACAAAUCACAAUAUUUUUCCACCAUUCUAUAUCAACAUGGUAAAUUUAAAUUCCGACACGUAUGCAGCAGCCGAGGUGUCCUGCGAAAGAUGAGGGGAGCCCAUCGUAACCACAGUCUUGAAAACUUCAACUCUGCCCUUCGUUGGAAUAUGAUCAAAUUAGUUGUGCGCUAAUUCGAGUGAAACUGUCAUAAGGUUAUGGGUAUGGGGAUGAAAUACGAACGAGAAGAGGAAGCGAGGCUGGGAACGAGGUAGAAACGGCCCAGCGCAAAUUGACACCGAAGGAGCUUCAUCGACUGUGCUCCCAAAUGUGAUGUUACGAUUCGAUGGUUUUUAUGGAAGAAUGAGCACCCAUGGAGUUUAGGUGCCGUCGCAGUGCGCGCAAUCUGUAAUUCAUUCGUCGUCUGGAGAUAUGGUGCAUCUCCUGCGCUCUGUUUUCCAUGGCUCCUCUCCGACUUUGUGCCCGUGCCGGAAGACGAGCUUCUUAGACUCGCAUUCUCGAGGUCAAAGUGUCAGAUCCUUCGUCGUAUGCGCUUCCUCGGCAACCUCGAAAGCAGCUGAGGAUUAUGAGGCAUAUCAAAAUCAGUUUAGUGAGGACGACAGACGAGAAUCCGGGGGCGUGAAAUUUGAAGGUGUUGUUGAAAGGAGCGGGUCGAAGAGUCGUCUCGACCAGUGGUUAUCGAAGCAAUUACCUCGCGUGAGCCGAGCCCGUGUACAGAGCAGCAUUCGUCAUGGUCUCGCUCUUGUCAAUGGCCAGCCUGCAAACAAGGUGUCAUUUUCGUUAAAAGGAGGAGAUACUGUGGAGUGCAAGCUCAUAGGACCAACACCUUCUGAAGCAGAACCUGAGGAUAUAGCUCUGGACAUAGCGUUCGAGGAUGAGCAUGUUAUAGUCAUCAACAAGCCGGCUCACAUGGUUGUUCACCCAGCUCCUGGCCAUUCGAAAGGAACGUUGGUAAAUGCAUUGCUUCAUCACUGCGGCCUUCCGGCUAUGCAGCUGGUCACGGGAUCCUCAGGGUCUCAAAAAGGGCUCUUGGGUGUUCAAGAUAGUGAGGAAGAAGAUGAGUUGCCAGAGGAUGACGAAGCUGUGGAUCCUGGAACCUUACAUAAGGUGGAGUGGAGUGGACCAGCACCUAUUAUAAGGCCGGGUAUCGUCCAUAGACUGGAUAAAGGGACGAGCGGACUCUUGGUUGUUGCUAAGGAUGAUUACACACAUGAGCACUUAUGUAACCAGUUCAAAGCUCGAACAGUGAGGAGGUCGUACCUUAGUCUGACCUGUGGAUCUCCUCCACCAGGCAUUGGUCGUGUCGACGUACCCAUAGGACGGGAUCCCCGAGACAGGAAGCGCAUGGCUGCAUUCCCUUUUGCAUCCCCGAAUAUGCGCACGCGCCCCGCCGCUAGUAGGUAAAUAUCGUGUUUUGGAGGUCUUAGCACAAGGUGGGUCCUCAUUGCUGGAGUGGAGAUUAGAAACUGGACGUACUCAUCAGAUAAGAGUCCACGCGCAGCAUCUCGGGUACCCAUUGCUGGGGGAUGAAGCAUAUGGUGGCACAAAAGGUGCAGCUGAGGCUAAGCUCCUACCCAAAUUUCCAUCCGUAAAACAUGGACCGCUGCGUCAUAUGGUAGCUCAAAUUGACAGACCUUGCCUGCACGCACAAACUCUUGGAUUCCUGCACCCUUGGACAGGAGAAGAACUAAAUUUCAUGUGCCCUCCGCCAGAAGACUUUGCAACCAUUUUGCAACUCCUUCGCCUGUAUGGAACAAGCAAGGUCUAAUUUCGAUCUCGGCUGGUGGUCAAACGUUUUAAGCCCGACUUGGUGUACGCAAGUCUCUAAUCCUGUAGACUUGGGAGUGACGGACGUAAACGCCAAGAAGCUGAACCUCCUAGUUGAGUCUUUGAAGGUGAAGUAGAAUAUGAGGAAGACUGGUAGUGAUAGACAAGUAAACAAAUAUUUUUAAUGUAAUGAAGAAAUCUCCUUCAGGAAUUUGAUACUCAAUAAAUGCAGACCAUCUUCUUGAAGCGUAGGUGCAACAGAGCAUCUAUCUUCCACGAUGCGG